UGGAUUUGUGCUCAUCAUCGAAUACUCCUCAACAAUUUAAUACUCGCGAAGCGUGAGCCCAGCGUACACUCUUUAUGUCGAAGGGCAAAUGGAUUAGAGAAAACAUGUUUCCUUAACAUCCAUCAAUGCAAGAUGCUCAACAACCAGGAAAUUGUUGGAACCAUUGAAUUGUUAACCCAUUUAUACGAAAUUCCUGAAAUACUGGCUCAAGUAUUAUCGUAUGCAGAUCGUUCUGGUUAUUCGACGAACGAAAUUGAUAGCAUUAUCAAUUUCAUAGUUCAUGGUCUCUAUGGAAAUGCUGAAUGUUCGAAAGAUGCAACAAUGGUCAUCAAUUUACUCAAAGUACUGAUGGAAUCGCAAGUCUUGAUCAGUGAUAAUCCUAGAAGAAUACUGCGUCCUGGAUCAACAUCGUUUGCUAAAAUAUUUCAAAAAUACUACGAAAAUUCUCUGUCAGCUAGAAUAUUCUUAAAAUCUGCUCUUUUCGAUCCCAUUAUGACUUUGUUAAUCGAAAAUGAUAAAAAGUUGGAAAUAGAUCCUCAAAAAGUUAUUGCAAUGCAGAGUUUAGAGGAAAAUAUAAGAAUGUUUGGAGAAUUUUCAUCCAGCGACUACAUACAGAAAUUAGAAAAUUAUAAAACAGAAACGACCGGGCAACUGUAUACGUACAUAUCAACAUUCGUCAAUUCGUUACAAGAUAAUUGGUGUUUAAUACCUUCAACGUUACGUGCGCUCUCCAUCGCAAUGGUCCACAUAUUGACACGAGCGAAAAUUUCAAUGAAAGAUAUCAAGAUAAUUCUUACAGAUAUGAUUUUUAAUAAUUUCAUUUGCCCUGCCAUAUUAAAUCCAAAUAUUUGUGGGAUUGUUGAUGCUCCUAUUUCGGAAAAUAAUAGAUUCAAUUUGAUUCAAAUAGCACAAGUUUUACAGUCACUUGCCUUGCUGGAAUUUCAAGUCAAUGAAAACAAAACAACUGAGCUUUUGAAUAAGUUUGACCCUCACUGUAUUAGCGGGUUACUUAAUGAAUUGACGCGUGAUCAUCAAAAUGAUUUUGAGAAGAGAGAAGAUCAACAGCUGGAUGUCGUAAAUAAUAUUUUUGCGAUUGGGACUAUUGACGAGUUACAGAAUUUAAUGAAUUUACUUCGUAGUGCUAUCCAAACAAAAGACGUCGUUAUUUCUUCGGAAGAAAAACAAAAUUUAACACGAAUCUUGGAAACAAUGGCUAAUUUCUGUGAGAGCUUUGAAUCUCUGUCAAAAUCAAAAAGUAUUGACGAUCAAACGAACGAAAGCAGCAAUGGCGGAAAGAUGAAAUCUAAAACAAGGGCUCGCGUUUCCAAAACAAAAAGUACUAGUGGCUCUUCAGUUCAAAGAUCAAUAGAAAUCGAAUUGAAUCCACAUUCAUUAGAUACCGAUUUGGAUGCAUCAAAUGUCGUAUUAAUAAUUCCGCUAACAAAUAACGAACCGGUUAAAUUACUAACUGAGGCUGAAGUUCUGAAAAACACAUCUCGAGAUUCAAGUGCCCAGGUUCAAUCGGAAUGGUAUUGUAAAAAUAGCAGGGAUGAUCAACAAAAUGAACUAAUUUCCGAUGCAAGGAGUGGUAAAGAAAAUAGUAAAACGGCAUCGGUCCAAUUAGACGAUGCAUCUAUCGGAAACGUUUCAGAUAAUUUAGAAAUAGUAAGUGAAGCACACAGUAAUCAUUCCGUAGCUAGUUCAUUAGAAUUAGAAGAAACUGAUCAAAAUGACAACGAUAACCUCUCAGAUAUGAUAUCGGCCAAUGUAUCUGGAAGAGGUAGUCCAAACAUAUCUGGACGAGAUACACCUUCAUCACAAACUGAAGGGGGAGACUCGCAGCAGUUAGCAACUCCUCAAAUGACAAGAAUUUCGAACAAGGCGCGAUCUGAUAUCGAGGACAAGUUUUGUAAGUUUGAAAUAAAAAAAGUUAUAGAAGGAGAUGAGACUGUUUCUAUCAUAUCUGAUACAUGGAGCACAGAUGUUUUAUCAUCAGAUACUGAGGCAAAUGAACGCAAUUUGGCUACAGUACCAAUAUCUUCAACUACACGACACAGAAGUGAUCAGAACAUACUUCCAUCUAUAGGAAAUUCUUUCCAACAUCUUCGCAUUGGAAAUUUGGAUAUGGAAACUCCAUCAGAAUCAGUAUGGUUUUCUGAUAAUGAUAAAGAAGUGGACAUCACGCAAAAAAAUAUGCAUUCUGCGACCAAAGAUCGUUAUUCUUCCAUCGAACUUAGCAAUCAACACCUUGUUCUGGAACCCAGUGUUAACAUCUCUAGUAGUAAUAUUUUCUCAGAAGAAAAUUUAGCUAUCACGAACAAACUUAUUUCAUUUGAUAAUUCGGAUGUAAAAAACGAUAACCGAUAUGAACAAAUUAAUAAAUUGAAAAGUUUCAACAAAAAGGAUAAAAACUUCAACAAUGCUGUUAGUGUGGAGUUUGCAAUAUUCAAGGGAGAUGCGAAUAAACAACUGAGCUCAUCCAAUGUUCAACAUAGGUAUUCAAGAGUUCUAAAUCCUUUUUCGGAUAUGGAUGAUCCUAGUUGCUCUUCGAUUAUCGCCGCAGGCAAAAUAAGCAAAAUAAAUGACAACAUAGAUGUUGCCGAGUUAUUAGCAGGAAAUAUGGAAGAUGACUUAUCAUCUAUAGAACACCGUAGAAUUUCAUCAGAACAACGCAAUGCCAAUUUUGAUUCAAGACGAAAUGGAAUAAUGGAUGUGCUUGGAAAUUUUUCCAACUCAAUUAAUUUGACAGAUGAUUUACCGACUUCAGAAGUUCCCUGGAAUACAACCCAUUCGGAAAACUCGGAUUAUUUUGGAAUUAAUAGAAAAAGUUUGAAACCACUGAACAAUUCAACCAAAUUAACAACAUCGCCAUGCCCUGAAAAAAAAAUUCAAAGGAUCACGAAGGAUGCAUCGACCAAUUCAACAUCUCGGAACAGUAUUCAGCCUAUCAAGUCAUCUGAAACUAAAAGUGCUAACACAUUUGCAGCAAAACCUGGGAAAUCUACCGGUGCUAUUCCAAAGAGUAUAAGUUUUGAUUCUUCGGCGGACAAAAUCAAUGAACGUAUGGAUUCAACCAAUGUUGUGAUAUCUGAACCGAAUCGGUUAUCUGAUGGAUUAAAACUCCAGAGUGGAUUUUUUAAUAAAAUAAAAUUCGGAUUUAAACAUCGCCGUACUGUCCAUAACACUAUGCAAAUAAAUUACAAUAAUAAUGGACAGAUCGUGUCUACCAACAGCGAUGCCGAAGCUCAAGAUUCAAGAGAAAAUAGUAGAUCUAACGAAAGCACAGAAGAUAUUUUAGCAAAAUAUCGACGAAAAACAUCUAUGUCUUCCGAUACAACGGCUUCUGAUUCUACUAGUAACAAUUCGAGCGUAUCAAAGAGUAAGAUAGAUACGGAUAAUAGCAGGUGA